AUGUCGAAGAGAAUAAUGUGUGAAGUAUUCUGUACUGCUGAAGAUAUGGGUCUUCAAAUAUUUUACCAGGACUGCGAUAGCAUGCAUAUUUUCAAUGAAGACACCCCACUGUUAGCUCAGGAAUUUCAGAAGAGAUACGGUAGAGAACUUAUUGGUAAAACAUUAGGUCAGUUCCAUUCUGACUUCGCAGAAAUAACACCUGGAAAACAAAGUUUAGCAUACAAGUCAAUAUUUUGUGGAAAGAAGACUUACGUAGACUUACUCACGAAUGAUUUAAAUGAAGUUGCAUUUCAUGCACGUUAUAAAGGUGUAAAACAAGACGUUCUUGCUUUAACAGCUAAUGAAAUGUUUCCUGAAGCUAUAUAA